AUUGAAUCCUUGCAAUAAUUUCAGCUCUCUGAGAAAGGGCUCAAAAAGGAAAUGGAGGAUGCUGCUCCACCCUCCUCCCCCACUGAUCCCUGCUACCUCUGAGCUGAGUGGCCAGCGAGGCAGCCAAUCACAUUGGUGCACAUUUGCUCAGUCAUCAGGCUUAGAUAUUGAGGCAGGAUCUGCUUGUGCUGCUGCUCGCUGUUUGCCUGUGUGAUGAAAUGAAAUGCCAGGAUCGGGCUACCUCCAGGGAGCGCCUCUCCAUCCUAUAAUGUGAGCCAGCCAGCAGCUCUGUGGGACCAGGGAGACGCUACAUCCAUCAAGGCUCCAGAGGAACAAACGGGAGGAGAGAGAUCUCUCUUUGUUUAAAUAGCCUUCUGUGCUGUGAAGAGAAGGGAUUGUCGUCAUCCCAUCCAUCCUUUUCCCCCUUCUCUGGCGCCCCCUCCUUCUUCCUCUGCCUCUACACUUGUUCUUCCCUCCCUUUCUGUAUCAGAGGCGCGCGUUGGAAUAACAAACCUCCAUGUAUGACAAUUUGUACCUGCAUGGAUUUGAAGACUCUGAGGCGGGCUCAGCUGAUUCAUACACUAGUAGACCAUCAGACUCAGAUGUCUCUUUGGAGGAGGAACGUGACGUGCAGGCCCAGGUGCAGAGCCAGAGCCCUAGCCAGAGCCAAGGGCCGGGACAGAGCCGACAGGAACGGGAGCAGCAGGCCACCAUCCAGCUGGAGAGAGCCAAGACCAAACCUGUAGCAUUUGCUGUGAGGACCAAUGUCAGCUACUGCGGUGCUCUGGAUGAGGAUGUUCCAGUUCCUGCCACAGCCAUCUCCUUUGAUGCCAAGGACUUUCUCCACAUAAAAGAGAAGUUCAAUAACGACUGGUGGAUCGGACGAUUGGUGAAAGAGGGAUGCGAGAUCGGCUUCAUCCCCAGUCCCCUCAAGCUGGAGAACAUCAGGCUCCAGCAAGAGCAGAAAAGAGGACGAGUCCAAGGUAAGUCUGGAGGGAACUCCUCUUCCAGUGUAGAGGAUGAGGUGUCUGCCUCUAUCCGACCACUCAUAUCCGCGGCAGGAAAGCAGAAACAGAAAGUGACGGAACACAUCCCCCCGUAUGACGUGGUUCCCUCCAUGAGACCGGUGGUGCUGGUGGGACCUUCGCUCAAGGGUUAUGAGGUGACUGACAUGAUGCAGAAGGCACUCUUUGACUUUCUCAAGCACAGAUUUGAUGGCAGGAUAUCAAUCACUCGAGUCACUGCAGAUAUAUCUUUAGCCAAGAGGUCCGUCCUCAACAACCCCAGCAAGAGGGCCAUUAUAGAGCGAUCCAACACCCGUUCCAGUUUAGCUGAAGUGCAAAGUGAGAUUGAGCGCAUCUUUGAGUUGGCCCGCUCACUGCAACUGGUAGUGCUGGAUGCCGACACCAUCAACCACCCAGCCCAACUCCUCAAGACCUCUUUGGCCCCUAUUAUUGUCCACGUCAAAGUGUCUUCACCAAAGGUUCUGCAGAGGCUAGUCAAGUCCAGAGGAAAGUCCCAGAGCAAACACCUGAAUGUCCAGCUUGUGGCUGCAGACAAACUUGCUCAAUGUCCUCCAGAAAUGUUUGACAUCAUCCUAGACGAGAACCAGCUAGAGGACGCCUGUGAGCAUCUGGCAGAAUACCUUGAGGCCUACUGGAAAGCAACGCAUACCUCCAUGGCGACACCCCUGAACCCUUUGCUGGGACGCAAUCUUGGCCCCGGCACCCUCACAGCAUACCCUACCAGCAUCUCUGGACUGCAGAGCCAAAGAAUGCAACAGAGCAACCACACAGGCGAUCAUUCUACUGCAAACGAGCGUCGCAACCUGAUGACAUCUGAGGAAAACUACCAUAAUGAACGGGCACACAAGGGACGCAAUCGAAUGUCUUCAGGCUCACAGCACAGCCGAGAGGCGCAGGACCCCUACCAGGACUACCAGGACCCCUAUCAGGAUGCAUACAAGCCACACCGCAACCGCAGCUCCCCGGGCAGCUACAGCCAUGACUCCCGGCACAGGCUCUGAACCUUGUUGAGUCUUCGUGGGUGACCAGAUGUCCCAAAUUCCACCCACAAAUAAUCGCUGCCACAGAGCCAAGAUUGUCCCAAGUUUUCCCUAUUUUUCAGGGUGGUUAACUUAUUUGUGUAUUAAACCUCCAAAACAUUCACAUAAAUUGAAGUUGAAGUUUCAUGAUACCCAAGCAACUACUGGACCUUCUGGAUCCCGCGCAGAAGACAUUGCAUAGAUUGUGCUCGCUGUCAUCAGCAGUGGUUGCAUGGUGCUGAUGUGAUGUCACACCAGGUGGGAAGCCCACUGGAGACAGACCCUUCCAUAACCACGUAAAAAGCCUCUCAACCUUUAGCUUAUUGCAUGCUAAUAGAUGAUGAACGUCUGCUUCCUUUCUUCCUUCGUUCCUUCAUAGAUCUUUUGUAUCUAUCCUGGAUGUCUGAUUUUCUGAAUCUCUAGCUUGUGAACGUGCGGUCUGGAGUGGGCUUGCAAGCGGAUGGGUUGGCAGUUGUCCAGCGUGCUCCUAGUUGAAAAAUUGGUGCUUCACAUUCUUGGACUAUUUCGGUCAUUGAACGUUACUUCUUGAAUCGCACAGUUUUAGUGGUUCAUUUAUUGAGGGAAAAACUCUUACUGCUGCAAACAGGUCAGACUAAAAUGGAGAAAACAGUGCUCUGCUUUUGUUGUGAGCAGUCUGGAAGCUAUUAUAAUAAGCUAUUUGGAGAACUUUUAAAGAGCGUCUGCUUGAUCAAUUUCAAUUUGAUAGCAUUUAAAUGAGAGGUGAGCUUUCUGUUUGGGCUUUGUGUGUAGUUUCAGUAAAUUAUUUCCUGUGAUUGGUUUCAGCUGGGGUUCCUCAGGUCCUUCCCAGACCCACCCUCUUCCAUCAGCCAGUCAGCUUCUUGCUUGGCCACCUGUGUCUUGCAUUUAGUUUCUGGUUUCCUGGAUGCAUAUUUGUCAAAUUUUCAGGUACAUUUUUUUUUCCCCAUUUGUACAUUGGUUGACAAAUUAAGAUUUAGUUUCACCCUUGCAUUCUACAAAUCAACCAAAAGAUCUUCAGUGAGACAUUUAUGGCAAAUGAUAUGAGCUUGUAUCUGUGUAGCCAUUUACAUUAUUUCCCUAAAUUUGCAAUGCAACACAGCACAGCAGCUAUUUUUUAAGAAAGUGUUUGCACCACCAUUAAUUGACAGUGUGAUUGAACUGAGUGAAAUAAGGAAGUGCAGAUGUAGCUAAUAAUGAUUUUAAGGCACCUUGUGUUGUAGUUUUACUGUAUGUGUGAUUUUUUUUCCUUUUAGCUGGGGAAAUAGGAUAUCAUGAAGUUAGUUCCAGAUGACAAACACUAGUAAGCUAGCAAUUGGCAGUAUACUGUAUAUGGAUGGAAACAUGUAUAUAUAUAUAUAUAUAUAUAUAUAUAUAUAUAUGUAGACUAAGUGACUUCUGUAGAUAGUAUGAUCUUCAUUGGCGAUGAGGGAUGAUAAAACAAGCAUAUUUCCUGAUUUAUAUCAAACAAGCCUUUCAAACUUGGUACGGAGGACCGCACCUGACUUGAGAAUGAUGAAGUUCAUGCCACAUAACAACUGGUAAA